AUCUUGAUGACGUAAGCACGCGCCAUCCCAGCGCGGAUGGCUGGAGCGAAGGCCGACCAACAACACAGCAAGUGGACAGGUCUUAACAAGCGGCUUCUCUGAGGUGUAGAAAGCUGGGCAUGGGCCUCCCGAGGCUUCGCCAUGAGCUUCCUGAUCGACUCCAGCAUCAUGAUCACCUCCCAGAUACUGUUUUUUGGAUUCGGGUGGCUUUUCUUCAUGCGCCAGUUGUUUAAGGACUAUGAGGUGCGUCAGUAUGUGGUGCAGGUGAUCUUCUCCGUGACCUUUGCAUUUUCAUGCACCAUGUUUGAGCUUAUCAUCUUUGAAAUCUUGGGAGUUCUAAACAGCAGCUCCCGUUACUUUCACUGGAAAAUGAACCUGUGUGUGAUUCUGCUCAUCCUGGUUUUCAUGGUGCCCUUCUACAUUGGUUAUUUUAUCGUGAGUAACAUCCAACUGUUGCACAAACAGCGAGUGCUCUUCUCCUGUCUCCUGUGGCUGACUUUUAUGUACUUCUUCUGGAAGCUGGGAGAUCCAUUCCCCAUACUCAGCCCAAAGCACGGGAUCCUGUCCAUAGAGCAGCUCAUCAGCCGGGUGGGCGUGAUUGGGGUGACGCUCAUGGCUCUGCUCUCUGGCUUCGGUGCUGUCAACUGCCCGUACACAUACAUGUCCUACUUCCUCAGGAACGUGACUGACACGGACAUCCUUGCCCUGGAACGGCGACUGCUGCAGACCAUGGACAUGAUCAUAAGCAAAAAGAAAAGAAUGGCCAUGGCACGGAGAACAAUGUUCCAGAGGGGGGAUGUGCAGAACAAGCCAUCGGGACUCUGGGGCAUGCUGAAGAGCGUUACUGCCUCAGCCCCAGGAAGUGAAAAUCUGACUCUUAUCCAACAGGAAGUAGAUGCUUUGGAAGAACUGAGCAGGCAGCUUUUUCUGGAAACAGCUGAUCUGUAUGCUACAAAGGAAAGAAUUGAAUACUCCAAAACAUUCAAGGGAAAGUAUUUUAAUUUCCUGGGUUAUUUUUUCUCUAUUUACUGUGUCUGGAAAAUUUUUAUGGCGACCAUCAAUAUUGUUCUUGAUCGAGUUGGGAAAACUGACCCUGUCACCAGAGGCAUCGAGAUCACUGUGAAUUACCUGGGAAUCCAGUUUGACGUGAAGUUCUGGUCUCAACACAUUUCCUUCAUUCUGGUUGGAAUAAUCAUUGUCACAUCCAUCAGAGGACUGCUGAUCACGCUUACCAAGUUCUUUUAUGCCAUCUCCAGCAGUAAGUCCUCCAAUGUCAUUGUCCUGCUGUUAGCACAGAUAAUGGGUAUGUACUUCGUGUCCUCUGUGCUGCUGAUCCGAAUGAGCAUGCCCCCAGAGUACCGCACCAUAAUCACAGAAGUCCUGGGAGAGCUUCAGUUCAACUUCUAUCACCGUUGGUUUGAUGUCAUCUUCCUUGUCAGCGCCCUCUCCAGCAUACUGUUCCUCUAUCUGGCUCACAAACAGGCACCAGAGAAGCAUAUGGCCCCCUAAACUCAGACCCCUGCCGACUUCAGGAAAGGAGGAGACAGUGGGAAUACCAGAGCCUACAGCACUGAUGUGAGGUCUGUUCUGCCUCCAGCACGGGCCUACUUCUUCCCGAGAUGCUGGAGUCAUAAGCAGCUUCUACUAAGGCCCAAGAAGAAGACCUGCAGCACCCAGCAGAGAGCACGUAUGGAUCUGAGGCUGUGCAAAGGGAGGAAGAGAGGGCCGGAGCAUGAGGAUCUCCCGGACCUCCAGAGUAGAUGGCUUCCCUCAAAAAUACUAGUAAAAUCGGAGUUUGUAACACCUUGGCCUUGGGGUCACUUGUCCAGCACAGCUUAGUGUCAUGCUGUUGUAGUCUAAUAUGAAAUGCAUCUCUCCUCGUCACCCAGCUUUACCUUAAGAGGUUUAACCAAAGGUUGUCUGUUCAUUUCUGGGAAAGGGAUGAUAGGCAACAGAUAGAUUUUACUAAAAGAGAGUUUAGGUAUACCAAUUUUUAUUUCCUUUUAAAUUACAGAAGAGUGAAUGUCCCAUGCUAUUCCAGCAGUGGCCUCACUCAGUUGGCUUUCCCUCUGCCUCAGUGCUGUGGAUAGAUGUUAACUGGUCCAAAAUAUAAGCUCUCCACCAAUAAAAGGAAGGUGUUGAGGUUUUUUUAAUACUCAAAUGCAACAUAAGGAAAUGCCGCUGUCUAUUGCCUGGAAGCUGCCUUUUAUUACUAAGUCCAUAGUGUGUAUUUUGCCAUGUUUUGGGUUUCUGGAAGCAAAUGAGAAAGCAGGAAAUGUUUUUAUUGAGCAAAGACACUGUUCAGAUUCUAUUAGCCAACAGGGAAGUUGCGAGCAACUCAAAAGCGCCUAACAAUGCUGUUUAGCCACAGCAUUGCCACUGAAGAGCACACUUCUGUAACAGAUGUCUGCUCGAUUCUUUAAUUAGCAGCGCUCACACAGACACAAGUGAAUCAUUCCUGGUGCUCAAGCCUACAGAAGUAAGAGGUUUCAUUAACAGAAGUGGAAAGUUGCACUUUGGAAGAUAGCACAUAGAAAGAACAUGAACCUGGUCCCUCCCUCCAGCUAAGCUGAACUUAAAUAAGCAACCUGCAAUAGCAGCCCUAUGACGGCAGACAGUCGGGGACAGGUGGUUCCCAGGCCUGACAACCUGCAGUAGCAGCCCUAUGACGGCAGACAGUCGGGGACAGGUGGUUCCGAGGAGGCCUGACAGGGUCAGCAGGGCUCCUUCCUCGGAGAGGCAGGUCCUGGGCCCUCAAGAGGAAGCAUUGUUUGUUCUCUUCACAUCUCGGUGUCUUCAGAGUUGGAAGAAGAGUGCGAGGCUGUGCUGAGAGUCUGUGUAAAAGAAAAAGGCAAACUGUACGACAGCAGGAGAGCACGAGGCUGAUCUAAAGCUGGCGUGCCUUAAGUCAGGGAGAAUGUGUGCCUCUAGAAGACGUGACUGGAAUCUUCACUUGGCUUGUUUCCAGGUUACUAUUUAACACAGACAAGUGUCUCGUGGUCUGUGCACAUGUACAAGCAUACACAGACAAUCAGCAGAGUUAAUACAAUGGAGACUCUAGUGAGACUUGUUCUCAUCAGAUGCCUGACUGCUGUAAAUCUCCUUCUGUGAACUUGGAUAUCAGUUCACUUUUGAAACUCAAGUGAGAAAAUUGACCAAAAAAAAAAAGACUUCUGACAAAAUAAUUGUAAUUCCUGCCACUACUUAACAUGGAGCCUUAACCUUCUCUCUGUUUCUAUUCACUGUGAGCCAGGCACAGUUCAAAUACAUCUGUUUGGAGAACAACUGAGCACAUCCAUGUUUUAUAAGUCAGCUGAAUCACAGAGCCAGGAACUGGUCCUACAUAAUCGAGUCAGGUUCUUUGGUGGUCUCCAUGAUUUUGAUAAACUGAUUUCUCUUACUGACUUCCAACUACAUGUUUAAAAAAUGACAUGGGGGCUGGAGAGAUGGCUCAGUGGUUAAGAGCACUACUCUACCAGACUGCUCUACCAGAGGUCUUGAGUUCAAUUCCCAGCAACCACAUGGUAGCUUACAACCAUCUGUAAUGGGAUCUGAUGCCCUCUUCUGGUAUGUUUGAUGACAGCUACAGUGUACUCAUAUAAAUAAACAAACCUUAAGAAAAUCAAACAUAAAAAUAAAUAACGACACACGCCGUGGCGCUCAGGAGGCUGAGACAAGAGGAUUGCAAGUUCUAGACCAGCCUAGGCUCCACAAUGAGGCCACGUUUCUAAGAAGACAGUAAAUUGGUCCUCGUACUACCUCCUCAGAACCCUGGCAGGUUGGCCACCCUGUGUUACUGUGGGAAGCACAAGCAUGAGGCACUGGCUGGGGACUACCCCAGGGAAGCGAAGUCGCCAAGCACUCACUCGUUCUUUUGUUGGGUGGGAGCCAGGCUCAGACUCUGCUGACAUCUCUCCUUUUUCAUCAGGCCCAGACACCAGGGGGUCGGCCAUGGAAGAAACAAUGGGAAUUUUCUUAGCUUGGAAGUAGUUGUAGGCCAUCUUUCCACAGACCAACAGAGUCACAUGCUCCCUGCUGCCCUUGAUUCUCUCCACCACUCUGUCGUAGGGUUCAUCUUGUACAUUCUCCCCAUUCACUUCAAUGAUAAUGUCCUCAUUCUCCAGCCCGGCCUUGUCAGCGGGGCCACCCUGCUGAACCUGUGAACAGAAGUUCUGAGUGUCAGUUCCAAACAUGGAGGAGGCUGUGCUGGGCAGCUCCCCUCCUGAAGAGCCUCAACACUUCUUAACCACAUCUCUUCUCCUUGAUGGGCUGCACCUCCUGAACUCCACUGAGCUAAGCUACACUGGCCCAGCACCACACUGAGCCUCUGCUGGGCUGAAGGCAUGAGGCCCCUAUCUUAGGAUCCCAACUUGGAGGCUGCGGGGUGGUCUCACUGUCCUUCCCUACAGGAUACAGGCACCAUGUAACAACCGCAGCAGAGGACAAGGAGCACUCUCGGAGGUGAGAAGUGUGACCACUGUUCGUGUCAUGGCAACUUGUGCCUUGCACUGAACAUCCCAUCCUGACUGGCUGUGUUUGCUGGGCUGCUGGAACUAGUUCCCAUACCUCUUUGACAAAGGAGCCUGGCUGACCCCUAAUGGCAUUCAGGUGAAAGCCGUAGCUGUCCUCCUCUUUAAUCAGCCUGCAGAGCUUGGGUUUGUGAUCCCCCGCAUCCACAUCUGCAUCCGCAUCCACUGUGGUAUCUGAGCCUGUGGCCUCCAGAGGAGCAGGGAUGGGAGCUGGGGCUUCCUUGACAGAACCAUUAGGCAGUUCUUGACUUUGGCAGUAAAGAAGUGGAGAAAAACGAGCCUUUUGAAAAUAAAGGGGGAAAAGACGCA